GCGAGGUUGGCUGUGAGUUGGGUGCGAGCCGCCGUCCGCGCUCUGGCGUCGAGAUAUUGUGUGAGAGAGGCUGUUCGCGGUGAGAAAAGAGACCUCGUGACAAGUGAUCUGGAUUAGUACAGCCCAGGCAACUCAAAAUGUCGUCGGAAGGCGGUGGAAUGUGGAACGCGUUGUUGGAUGAGUUCAAGAGUCCCGUAAACCUCCUGCUCAUCUCCGCGUGCCUUUACAUCAUGUACAAAAUGUGGGUGAGGCACAAAGAGGAGAACGCGCCGCCGCCGCCCCGGGAGCCCGAGCUCCCUCCUCUGAAGAAGCAGGACUUCACGCUGGAGCAGCUCAAAUUCUACUGCGGCGACGAGCGCUGUGACGGCAGGGUCCUGGUGGCCGUCAAUUACAAAGUCUUCGACGUCACCAAGGGAAAGAGGUUCUACGGACCCGGCGGGCCGUACGCGGCGUUCGCCGGCAAGGACGCCUCGCGUGGCCUGGCCACAUUCUCGGUGGAGGGCGGCGAUAACCACGACGAUCUCAGCGACCUGACGCCCAUGCAGAUGGAGUCGGUCAGGGAGUGGGAGGCGCAGUUCACAGAUCGCUACGUGUACGUCGGCAAGCUGCUGAAGCCGGGCGAGAAAGCCACCGAGUACACGGACGACGAGCACGACGAAGCGCCGCCGCCCGCCGACAAGAAGCACGACUGAGCCCCGGCCCGUCACCCAGUCGCCCUCGGCCGCCGCCGCCGCGCCGCCCGCCCCAUGGCCGACGCGGGGUUUUAAUGCAUCGGCAUUUUCACUAAUACGCUGUGACUUGAUGUGGCAUUGGCGUUGUGCACCGUGCCGGCCUGUCCAGCGCUGUCCGGGCCGGAUGACGGCUGCGCUCUGCUGUGCCCGUGCCGUGUCCACUGAGCGCUGUCCGACCGCCCUGGUGUCCGCGCUCGCUGGGUCGUGUCCGUGUCCGACCGCCGUGGUGUUCGCGGCCAGCGGGGCCGUGGCGUCCGCGCCCGCUGGUUUAAAGGCAGCGCCAGCUGCGGCCGACUGCGUUUUAUGAGGCCCGCGCUGUUCGCGGCGGACGCGGCCAGGCCAGCCCGCCGCGCCGCCCCCGCUUGUGCGUUCUGUGUGCGGGCCCAGCCUGCUCCGGUUAUCGUUCGUUGCGUUCUUUAUCGUGUUCGUUUGGGGUUGGUGUGGCUCAUCGGGACAAUCGGCUCUGUGGUGGCUGUAGGCCGACACGCCGGCCGGGCCCGCCGCCGGCGGUCGAUAUUAAUCACCGGAGUCGCGGUGCACGUACUUUGCAGCAAAUAUAUUAUGUACCGAAC